AUGAGGUACUUAGCCCAAAUUGGCGUCGCCAUUAGUCUUCUCGUUUAUACUUUCCGCUUACUCCCGGUGACUGGCAUUAAUACGUUAUCGACAUUCGACUCGAUGUGUUAACUAGGAUUCCUCCAUUGUAACAUCUAACUUACUUAUUCGUGAAUGACAUUGCGGAUAAGUACAAGGGGGACUGGAAUGACCAUUUUUGGCGUGUUAGCCGCCAUCCGUCUGGGCAGUUGUGUACCUUGGGAUUGGGUAUGGCUGACUGAUUACGGCCAACUCGCCAGAAAUGACCAUUUCAGUUAACCUUGUCUUUGUCAGCAAUAUCAUUCGUUCCUUAUUACGCGCCGCCGUGCGGUAACUGGCGGGGUUCGAGUGAUGGAGAAGCCAGAGCACAACAGGAUGAAUGAUUUCCGAUUGAUGCGCGCCAAUUUAUCAUUGCUGGCUGUUAGUCGCGUCGUCUCAGUCGUACCUUUCUUGGCGCAAUCUGUCCAACAGCACUCUUCAUGAUCAUCAUCAACUGUCUUUCUGGCAUAGAAACGCAUUUUGCGCGCACUCUCCCAUUUUCUGAUAACGAGACAUGGCGAGCGGAGUAGGCCGCGGGAUCCGUGAGACUUCCAUACCAGUUUUACGUGCUAAAUGUACCUGGAUAGACAUAGUAUCUCAUGUAGUUUUUAAUGUCUCAUCGGCCAACCGGAUGUCCAACCACUUACCAGUAGUAAAAUCGGGACCACUAGAUCAGCGCUUUAACAUUGAUGGCACAGUGUUAUCGGGUUUCGUUUACCGAGGUUUAUAAAUGUUCGAGCAACACUUUGACGCUUUGUCCUCUGGCUAAGAAUAAGCGGCUAGUUGGUUCUUACUUUAGACCCAUACAGGAGAUGCACUGUUGCCUAUUCUAGUCAGUUUCAAAUCCUUUAUGCCUGAAUUUGCAUCUAACUUUGCAAUUGCUGAGGGAAGUCAUGCUGGAUGCCGACACUGGGCCUGUGCCACCCGUCACCAGGUAAAGUCCAUGUGAAUAGUGCGGGAAUUAAUUUUCUCGAUGUGACACCUAGCAUCGGCCAAGUGAUAAACUGUGUCGCACUCACCAGACGACGGCUUCAUGCUACGUGAGACACUGCACCCUUUCUCGCUUCAAAUCUGUUUGACUCAGACUUGUCGCCAGUAUGGGUGAGAGAAUAGAGAGUGAUGUUGUACCUCACGAUAACCAACCAAAUCCGCUUUGCAACUAACGCAGCGCGCUAGAAGUCGCGGUCUAAAGGAUUGUCGACUGUCGAUAAGGCCUAUUCCUACAUAGAACUGCGGGUUAGACCUCUAUGGCUCUUCAUUCUGGCCUUUUAGCACCCACUUGUCUCUGAGUCGAAAUCUCAAAAAAUAUUUGUGUAUAUGGAGUUUAGGAACCAAGUUGUACGUGACACGUAGACGGGCCGUUUGCGUUUGUCGGCCAUUGCACUCAUGCUCGUCUCCGGUUGUCUUGUUCUCAUGACGCCUUCAGCUCGGGGACUUGGAGUCGGUUAUAUGUCACGCAAAUUAACCUCAUUAUAAACAGAUUCACGCAUACGUUUCCACUGCAUCCUAUCCAACACACUGGUAAUCUUUGUCGUUUGCAGGGCUUUAGCAUGUUGUUCAGUAACUGAGGGAUUGUGUCCUUCAUUGCGUCUAUUCGCAGUCCGUCCGGAUGUUUCAGUAGUUCGCCAUUGUAUACUGUGGAUCUUAGCUGUUCUGAUAGCUGGGUUCUGGCUAGGUGCGAAGGAAAACAGAGUGAGCCUGAAAAUAAAAUAUCCCACAUCAUCCACACCCGCGGGACCCUUGUUAGCCUAAGUUGAAAUCUUCGUGAAACCAACCAGAGGAGCAAACUAGUAUUUUGCGUUACUUCCUGCGGUACAUUUCUUUUGUACGGUUACUAACAUGAUCAUUACGCUCAGAAGUAUUCGAUGCCUGCGCCCCAUUCUCGUAAUUAGCCGCCCUGGUCCUGUCUCCAACGAAUGAAUUCACUGUUAUUUAUAAAUACGGCUAGCCACUGUACCGUUAUUACUCGCCGACCGAGGCCGCUUAGACCAUGUGCUGCCCGUGUUUGCAGCCAAAAUCGUCUGAACUGUAAUAUUUUCUACGUCUUGUUUUCGCUGGCGGAGGCGUGGGCCUGAUUUACAAGAGACAGCUGAAUGAAGCAAAAACUGAUGCCGACCUGAUUUCUGUCCUUGUGAUCAUCAGUCUUAAUGGCUGGCAUGUAGAUUUGCUCAUCUUCGCUGGGACGUCUGCUACUACUUGACAUAUAAUCGGCCGAAUCAGUGGGGAUGAAUGCCGUCUCAAUAUGGCUCAAUAAAAUAGCCAGAUGGGAGCACGUGUCAGUGGCUAACUUUUUGAGGCAAUCAACGACCUAAUCGCAUGCGGAUCACACCCUCUCUCUGGUCUCUGUCUAAGCUUUAAAAGGAUUAAUCCCAGUCAUUCUGGCAUCAUAUGUCUGACACGGAGCUGGUCCAUCUUCUUUAUGCAGUUGCAUAUUCGUUCUAGCUUUAAGUUCGGCCAGUUGGAGUGAGAUGUCUCGAAGCACCGUAAGCAGGUAUUUGUAAAGAGCACGCUAUUUGGCUCAGUGAAUCUGGCAAACUUUUCAAUCACUUGCACUCUUCUCCACUGCUUAGUGGUCAUGAACUCCGUCUAUUGUACAUGUAGUACAUCUCUGGUCCAAUAUUUAAGUGUUCCACACCAAGGGCAUUAAUUGAGACACCUGAUUAUUGCAUAAAAUGUGUCUUUCUGUAUAUAGUCCAUCUCAAUCGUCGAAUCACGCACCGCAGCAAUUACGGCAUCGAUAAAAACGCCAUUGAGACUUCAAAACGACCUUCCCAGUGACCCCACCUACCAGCGUCCAGUUUAAACUCUGACCUACUCACUUGGAGCAUCUUUGACCCUCUGUCGGUCACAAUUCUCACUGAUGACAUUACAACGAAGAUUGACGCAUUCUCUGGUUUUCGGCGCAUAAUAUUACACAAGUUAUGGUCUGCCAAUCAAUUCUUGAUGGUACUGCAUCAACCGUCGCGUGACUGGGUUCGGCAUUGUCUGAGCAAAAAUGAUUUUCACAUUCGUGGACGUCAUGCGCAGUACUCUUCUACGUAUUUACCACCCGGUUCAUUGGUGGACCCGGACGCACCAGCUGUUGUGGACGCCACAGCCAGAAAUGGGAGUCGUGAUGGAGAAAAUUGCAUCGUGUGUGCUCAGGAACGUGACGCAAGUUGGGUUCUCGAUCGGUCUUUAGUCAAAUACGAAUACCGCUAGGCAGUAGCAGCAGAAUAGCGGUUUCUCCUUGCCUUGUGGCGAUGUCGUCAGUCACGAUGCGCCAGUCUAUAGGGCAGUCGGUGUCUCGAACCUCAGCAUGUAGCCUCUUGUAGCUCUAUUUCUUAUUAUUUGCGGCUGCCCAUUUCACAGGCCCAGAAGACUCUCGACCACUAUCGACCACCCCCUAGACACGCCACGUAGUCAACAAACAUCGCGUCUUCCCCGGCAUGUUGCGUUUUGCUGGAUACUACCUGUGAACUGACACCGGCCCAUUAGUUCAAAAAUACCACAGACAGUCGUAUGAAAGAAACCGACAGGGAAAACAUCAAGGUUGUAUUUUACGCUAGCAAAAUAAUUAUUGUAAACUCCGUCUUCCACCACAUUCACUGUACUUUUUACAUACUAGACUAUGUUAUUUUUUCUCAUCAUAGCACAGAACGAAAUAACGUCAUUCUGUUUCGUUUUCUAGUUCGGCCUACACGCCCAGCAGCACUGGUUAUAACCCUUCUCGUAAUGAGGCGAGGGUUUCCGACGAGGGUAAGUACGAGCCGCACUAUGUGCCCUCAGAAGUCGGCGAACUUCCCUACUCACCUACAAGCUCAGAUGAGGACGGUCACGCGGGUCGUGCAAGCCAGGCCUCCUCUCGUCUUCGAUCGUUACGCGAAGACCUCGAGGACGUCUCUGACACCGAAUCAAUUGACUACAAACCCUCACAUGUGGAUCCAGCCACUGACUCAGAUGAAGACGGUGAUCGCGAAUAUCGUGUUGAGCCCCUGCAGGACAUUAUUACUCCCAGAUACUCUCCAAGCCAACCAGCCGAUUCUGCUUCUGAAUCCGAAAACGAUGAACCCCGCGAAGAAGGCGCUGUUGGUCACCGGACGUGGACAGAUUCUUCCCCCUUGCCAUACGAUCCUUCCACGCCGGUAGCAGAUGAGGUAUCAUAUAGGCCGGCUCAACAGACCCUGUCCCCUCAAAAUGACCAUUCGGAAAUCUUGAAAAGUGUAGAUUUCGAUGAAAACCACGGUGACAAAGGCGGUGAAGAUUUUGAGGGCUUUGACGGGGCCGAACAGGCCAAGUCGCAAGUAGAAGGGAUAAUAGCAGACAUUUUUGGAGAAAGCGAUGCUGAGGAGGAAGAGUUCGAGGGUUUUGCAGAAAAUGAAGUUGAAAAGGAAGCGGCAGGUCAGGAGGAAGGGGAAGAGGAAGAACAGGAGGAAGUGCUGGACGAGGAGCCCACUGCUUCAACCCUUUCUCGUCAUCAUCACGAGCAGCAAGAAGAUGAUGAGGUGGAGACGGAGGAAUUUGAAUCUGACUUCGACAAAAUUCUCAGUAAGAAACGUGAGGAAACUCGACGGAAGAGACGAUUAGGCAAGGACGAUGAAUUCCUCAAUGAUAGCGACGACAUAAUUAGGGAAACUAUACUCCAAAUGCGACAGACUGCCGAGGAGGAUCGAUUUCUUUUGGCCGCGAACCGCCCUGCCACCAAAAAACUCGCCAUGCUGAACGUUGUGAGCAGCCUACUAAAGAAGGCUGACCUUAAGGCAGCCCUUGUUGAUAACGGCAUGCUGAGUGCAAUUACGGACUGGCUCUCUCCUCUGCCAGGGCAGACACUCCCAAAUGUGAUCAUUAGGGAAACGAUGUUACGCCACCUCGCCGAGUUUUCAAACUUAGAGCCGGAAACUCUGCGAGAAUCUGGCAUUGGCAAGGCCGUUAUGUAUCUUUACAGGCAUCCCAGGGAGAAUAGGGAUAACAAGCGACGUGCGGGCCAUCUGAUCAGUGAGUGCAUUUAUUCCCUCCCAAUUUUUCGUCUGUCUUCUUAAACAGCUAGAUCGCUGUGUACUUGACCUUCUGUUCUGCGGAUGGUGUGGGUCAUUCACGUGAUAUUUACUGUAGAUGUGCUAACUCAUGAAAUGUUAGCCGAAAUUCCGAAAUGCGUUUUCGACCCGAAAAGGUUACUUGAGUAGGGUGUUAGCAUUAAUUGCCAUGCAACAUGAUCCCAGGAUAUUUCAGUUAUUUCAGGAUGCCGACUUUUGAACGAACUUCUUUCAGGCCGUCUGCAGAAACCACACUGUGCAAAAGAGGGUUGCUUGAGUAGUAUGAAUUUUUAUCAUUGAUUUUCGAUGUCGUUAUGAAUUUAAAUAUAUUUCACAGAAAGCAGAAAUAAAAAUAUUCAUUUUCUUGUUCAUCUGGAAGAAAAUUACUUCGUCUUUAAAUUUUAUGCUUGAUGGGAGGGUAUAGUUCGGUUUUAAGAAAAUUUCUAAUUAUGAGAUUUUUUAAGACCGUGAAAUGCCCGUUCAUUAAACAUCUUGUCUCUAAAUUUACUAAUGUUGCUGGAGAAGUUUACAAUAUGGCUAAAAUCCACUGCUACUUUUUAUGAACCCCAUAUAAUCUCUUCUUAAUAGCGUAUAGAAAUGUGUGAUUUUCUGUACGCGGAAAGUAUACAGCUCAUAGUUUGGAAACCCUGAAUGUAAUUGUCACGGCAGGUCGGGUUCAAACUUAUUCGGGAAUCGGAAAAGUUUUUUUAAAAACUAAUUAUAUCCUUCCCACAGGCAUAAGAUUUUCAGAAGACGUAAUUGCCAUCCAAAUGAAUAAAAGAGUGAGUAUGUUUAUGUAUGCUUACUACGAAAUAUAUUUGAAUAUAUAAGGAUAUCGAAAGUCAGUAAGAAAAAUUCAUACUGCCUAAUAGUCAUUUUUACAGAGUGUAGUUUUUGCCGACGGUCUUAAAAAAGUUCGUUCGGAAGCCGGCAUCCUGAAGUAACUGAAAUAUCUGGGGAUUAUAUUGCACGGCAAUUAAUACUACCACGCUACCCAAGUAAUCUUUUUGAGUCGAAAACGCAUUUCGGUUAACAUUUCACGAGUCAGCACUCCUACUGUACUUAUGCAGCUACAAAAACCAGCGCUUCUUACACAUUAUUUUACAAAAAGUUAACGCACCUUAAACGGCAAAACUAUUUACGCGCCUUUCUGUAGUACUUGAAACGCAUUUAUGUUCUUGGGCUUAUAUACUCGAUCUACAACUAUGCAUAUGUACUUCAGCAUAACAAACGAAACAGAUCCUGCAGUGUUUUAUACCCUUUUUUCCUUUAGACGAGUGGUCUCGUCCCAUCUUCAACCUUACCAGCGACUACCGGACCCUUACGAAAGAGGAGCGCAAACAGCUCGACUAUGAACAUCUACCGAAACGACGAACUCACGAGUACAUACGAGCCUUCUUCCUUUCUUUAACAACUUUUUUAUUUCUAGUAGUGAGGAGGUGAACCGUCGAGACAUCAACCGCGAAAUGGACGGGGAACAGCAAGGGUGAGUAGUCCGCCCGCUAUAUUGUUUAGCCCCUCCCACCUCGUUUUUCUUUUUCAUUCUUCCCCAUAGCUUCAUCUGGACUCAAGUGGAGUACCUGUUACUGUUCUUUUGUCUCCAGUGCCAUCCACCCGUGAUGUCGUAGGAAUGUGGUUUUUGUGCACAAAACGCCCUCCUACAUUUACGGCAGUAGGUCUUACUCAAGCCACAAGUUACUGUUCGUCAGCUGCGGAGACCGAAUACCGAGGGUUCAGGAACCAUUAAGAAACACCCGCUACUGUGAUCGAGGAAUUUUCGUACACUCUAUCAUUCAGUGCCAAGGGUUCGUUCCCAUUUAAGUGCAAUUUGCACCACCGUGUUCGAACAGUUGGGACUUUUCGAUGCUAGCGAGCUCUUAGCAACCUCUUGGUUGGCUCCUUUAGUCCCGAUUCGUGAAAACCUGUUUGCAAGACACCGAUGACAGAUUUACCACAAAGGGAAUUUGACGCAUGUUUAGACCAUCAAUAAGUAGGAGCUGCGUCGGUGUUAUUUGUGUCGCCCAGCCGCAGUCUGUUAUUCCUUUUUAUGUUCCACAACUUACUACUUUACGUGACCAUUGUCCCGCUUUUCUACCGUUUGCUUUCUCCGUCUUUCCUACUCGUUCUGAAAUCUCUACUAACGGGUUAAUGCAGGCGGGGUAGUAGCUUGAGUUCCAGGACUUCUUAGUCAGAUUCGGAGUCCAAUAUGAUGAGUGUACGUGGUGGAUCUUCAAAAAUAUGGUGCGCAUGGGCGAAUGGCACACAUGUUAUAUAAUCAAUAGGAAAGUGUUUGCUAGAUACAUAGAAGUUUCACGUUUACUACACGUAAACAUCCCCUGUGUGAGAUAUUCGACACUAGCUAAAUGUAUGACUUUUUCUAGACGUGGUGACCACACGCUUCUGAAACUGAGUGCCAAUUCAUUACUUCCCGUUUUCUUCUUAGCGUACUUCGUCCCGGUGACCCUGGAUGGGUCAGUCGUGCGCGCGUACCACAGCCGUCGAAUAAGGACUACGUGGUUCGGCCAAAGUGGAAUCUUCCCAGCACUGAAGACCAAGAAAACGAUGAAGAUGAGGACGAGAAGGAGGGUGGUGAUCAACCUCGUCGACACCGCAUGGUUGGCGGCCGCAAAUCUCAGGUCGGCACCACCUCUCGAAUCGAGACUCACAUCCACGCACUCAGUAAGAAUGCUGCAGUCAGGAGGAAGAAUCGGUUUGUGCGAGCAGUUCCGAUGAGUAUUGAGGGCAGAAAGAUGGCCCUUUAG